CCUCUGUAUCAGCAGAUAUACCCAUUGCAACCAAGCCAGAUAAACAAUGUUUGCCAGACAAUCCAUCAGAGCUGUAGCUGCUGCUUCCAAAGCACAACCUGUUGCCAGAAGAUCUGCAUCCUCCCUUGCACAGACCAUUGCAUCUUUCUCAGAAAAAUCUGUCUACUACACCAAGGUUGCCUUAGAACUCUCCAAGUCCGUUUACGUCAAGGAAGGACUAGCUCCACCUACUGUUGCUGAAGUCACCAAGGUCUACGAAUGUGCUUUGAAGCAAGCCGACUCCUUUGCAAAGGACCCAAAGGCAUUUGCUGACCUCGUUGCUAAGAACGCACAAGGCUUCAGCAAGGACGAAAUUCUCAGAUACAUCUGCUACUUCAUUCAAAUCGUUGGUUUUUUCUCUCUUGGUGAAAUCGUCGGUAGAAGAAAUGUUGUCGGUUAUGCUGAACACUAGAUUCUGAUUUGCAACGCCGGUUUUUCUCACUGAUUGGAAAGUAGUGGCUUCUCCCCCACUGAUGCCAUAUUUAUUUCGUU